AUGAAAAAGCAAGGAGGUUUUGGCAAAUUUGCCAAAAAGUUCAGAAUCAUGGCCGCAAUCGAAAAAGAAGAUAUUUUACUCCUAACUCGCUUAAUGACUAUUUUACAUCACACCCCUGAGAUGCCUGUAGAUAAACUUGGUAAUAACAUGUUCCAUAUGGCAUGCUAUAUGGGAAAAAUCAAAAUGAUGAAAUUUGCAUUUGAAAAUUAUCAUCUAGAUAUUGAGCAAUAUAAUGCAGAUGGUUUAGCUCCAAUUCAUCUAGCUGUAAAAGGUGUUAGCAUUGAAGCUGUAAAAUGGCUUUGGGAGCAUGGAGCUGAUUGCCAUAUAGUUACACAAGUCUGAGAAAAAAGUCCAAUUAAGUUAUGUCAAGAAAUGCUUAAGGAUCCAGAGCAUACUAAAAAUUAUGGGAAAAUAAGGAAAAUUUUGGAUUAUUUGAGAGAAUUAUAUUUUAUUGAUAAAAGAGGAUAUGAAAGAAGAAAAUUUAUUUGGGCUUAUCAAAAAUUCAAAGAUAAAAACAAGUGGAUAGGGAAAUUUCCUUUAGGCAUGGCAAGAGAAAUUGCUGAAUUUUUAUAA